UGCGCACUUGCGGAUGUUGCGUAAUCUUCGUGCGGAUGGUUUGUUAUUGAUGGCGUCAUGUGAACUGAUUUUUCCGUUAUAAUUAUUAUUCGGUUAUACUGUAGUGGACGAUUUAAAACAGAUCUUUAACCAUAUAUCAGAGAAUCGGUGCUGUGACGUCCAAGCAGACAUUUAAGCACCAUUGAAACUGAAGAUGGGUAUCAUCGAAAUCCUGAUCUGUGCACCCAUCCUUGCUCUGUGUGUUUUCGGCCAAACUGCAGACAUUGAAGAGCUUGCCAACAAGAAUGCAGACUUUGCUACUCGGCUGUACAGCACGAUAUCCAGUACAAGUGAUGACAAUGUAGUGAUUUCAACUUUAGGGGCUACUUUAGGUUUAGCCACAUUAGCAGCAGGGGCUGGUGGGACCUCUCGCAAUGAGCUGCUUCAGGGCAUAGGUGUGGCCUCAAUGGAGAAAGAUGGAGAGCCAGAAAGGAUUCAAACCUUACUCCAGAAUCUUAGAGAGACCACCUCUCAGAUCCAGGCCACCGGCCUUUUCACUAGCCAGCAAGUUGAGGCAGAUUCCAGCUUCACCAGCCAGGUUAAGAAGUUUUAUAAUGCAGAUGUUCAAAAGGUGAAUUAUGCUGAUGGGCAAAUGGCCAAAGGAAGCAUCAAUGAUUAUGUAAGAGGCAAAACGGGGGCAAAAAUCGGUGAGAUGGUGAAGACAGUCGACCCCCAAACCAUGGCCAUGCUUAUAAGUGCUUCUUACUUCACAGGCCGGUGGCAGCAACCCUUCAACGUUAGCAACACCCAAGAGGAGCGUUUCUAUGUCAACAAGUAUAGUAUUGUGCAAGUGCCCAUGAUGUUUCGCUCAGACAAAUAUUACCUGGCCUACGAUCCCACACUUAAGGUUGGCAUUCUGAGACUGCCUUGUGAAGAGGGCAUCGCCAUGCUUGUCCUGCUUCCAGAUGAAGAUGUGGAUUACACCCACAUUGAAGAAGCCAUAUCUGGUCACGUAUUUCGCGGAUGGGUCACAAAGCUGAAAAAGACGAGGUUGGAGGUUCAGCUGCCCAGAUUUUCUUUGAAGCAGUCUUCCUCACUAAAGAUGAGUCUGUCCAGCCUGGGCAUUAAAGAGAUCUUUGAGAGCAGUGCAGAUCUGUCUGGAAUAAGCAGUGCAGGAGGCCUGAAACUGUCAGAGGUAGUGCAGAGUGUUGCAUUUGAGGUGGAUGAAACAGGAGGCUCAGUGAGCGAUGCCUCCAAUAAUCCCUUCAUGAACCCUCUUCCUCCAAGGCUUACAUUCAACCGACCAUUCCUUUUUGUCGUCUACCAUGAAGCCACGAAAUGCAUUCUCUACAUGGGACGUGUCGUCGACCCAACAAAGAACUAACUACGUGUAUAGAAACCAAUUGUGCAUGUUUAUUUAUAUCUAUACAAUUAUUCAUGUCAGUGGUUCCCAACUAGGAGAGUGCGGUACUUGGGAAAAAAAUAUAAAACUAUAAUAUUUAAUUCAAAAGCUUCUCUGUGAUCCCAGAACUGUUGAAACCCCAAAUAGCAACAAGCUUACAGUAGGUGUCUUAUUACAUAAAGAGUCUUUUCAUCAACAGUAUUAAAUGUUAUUUAUUUAAAAAAACUUUUAAGCAUGCUCAUUUUAAUAAAAUUAAUGAUAAUUCUCAAUGAUAAUAUGUCAAACACAAAAUGAGUUACUUGGCAGAGUGUUAUGUGAGUCAGUCUCAAUCAUCAUUCACUUUCUUUGUAUAGAAAAACUAAAACUGUCAACAUUACUAAAAAAAUUAACCCUUA